GAAGAUGGCGCCGUCGGGCCCGGGCCCGGUCCGGGCGAGGCGUCGGUGCCGUCGGGCGCUGUAUUGGGUCCCGGUGGCGUUCAUCUGCCUUCUCCUCGGAUGGUCCUACUACGCCUACGUCGUCGAGCUGGGCCUGGUAUCCAUGGGAAAUGUUGGAGAAAAAGUUGUGUGCCUGAUAGCUUAUCACCUGUUUUUCAUGCUGUUUGUGUGGUCAUACUGGAAAACUAUCUUCACGCUACCAAUGAAUCCCUCAAAGGAGUUCCAUCUGUCCUACGCAGAUAAAGACCUGCUGGAUAGAGAGUCGAGGGGCGAAGGCCAGCAGGAGGUUCUGAGGCGUGCAGCCAGGGACCUCCCUAUCUACACCAGGACGAUGUCUGGAGCAAUCCGUUACUGUGACAGAUGCCAACUGGUAAAACCAGAUCGCUGCCAUCACUGUUCCGUAUGUGAUAAGUGUAUUUUGAAAAUGGAUCAUCAUUGUCCUUGGGUGAACAACUGUGUUGGCUUCUCAAAUUACAAAUUUUUCCUCCUUUUCUUGGCUUAUUCUCUGCUGUACUGCCUUUUUAUUGCUGCUACGGACUUGCAGUAUUUUAUCAAAUUUUGGACAAAUGACCUUCCAGAUACACAAGCCAAGUUCCACAUCAUGUUUUUAUUCUUCGCUGCAGCCAUGUUUUCGGUCAGUUUGUCAUCUCUCUUUGGCUACCACUGCUGGCUGGUCAGCAAAAAUAAAUCUACUCUAGAAGCAUUCCGAGCACCCGCGUUUCGGCACGGCACGGACAAGAACGGCUUCAGUUUGGGCUUUAGCAAGAACAUGCGACAGGUGUUCGGGGACGAGAAGAAGUACUGGUUGCUGCCUGUUUUUUCAAGUCUAGGAGAUGGCUGCUCCUUCCCAACCUGUCUCGUGAACCAGGACCCCGAACAGCCUUCCACACCCGCGGCGCUGACUUCCACGUCUAGAAAGUCACACCGCUCUAGCAAGCCAAGAUGCGUCACUUCUGCUGAUGUCAAUGGAGUCCACAGAUGUGCUCCAUCAGCUCAGGCUGGCCGCGGAAGGGUUAGCCCUGAAAGCCACCAUUUUCCUGCAAAGCCUUUAAGAGAGUCCCAGAGCCACCUUCUCACCGACACUCAGUCUUGGGCCGAAAGCAGUACGAGCUCCGAUAUGGGCACAGUUGGUAUGAACAAUCCUGCGCUAACCAUGGAAAACGAGACCUAGUCGUACUUCCGGUAAACCCCCGAAUGCUAAGAACUUCCAGCUCCACCCAGCACUAGGGUUCCUGAGCUCCAGUUUGGUGGUGGUGGAAGCAUCCCAAUUAUAGUUAGAUUUGGCACGACGACCACCCUGGGACCAAUGGCUUGGCGUUUGUCUUUAGCAUUUGGCCUCAAAGGGCAUGUUUUUGGAGGUGUUUCAUCACUGGCAUUCAGCUUUCCCCCUCCUCCUUAUCCAACUGCACCAGAGGAGCGGUCGGUUGUUCUGAGCGACGCUGGAGCGGCAGCCCGUUCCGGGCUCUCCUGGCCGCCGCUGCAUGUGUCCCGGAAGCCCGGGAAUUUGCCUCACGGAUUGCUGGGCGCUGGAAGAAGAGGAAUUUUGACCUUUUUUUUCCGCUGGGCCCGAGGUUUCCCAAGCUCGGGGAUUUGUCAAGUACCCAAAAGGCCCAAAUGUUAAAACUCUGAAGUAAAGCUAAAUAAUGAGAAUUCAGUGGCCUUUUUUAGUUCCAAAAUCAAAAGAGAGGAUUAGUAUCCCAAGUGGAAAAAUGUGAUUUGCCCCCGCAUGCGAUCUACUGCGAAUGUGGCUUUGGCUACAUUGAUCUUUGCACAUCUCACCAGAAGCCCAGGGGAUAGAUGCCAUAAAAUGCACUAAUGGGUCACCCCACUGAUCGGUAUUCUAUGUGUCGAAGCAAUGUGACUUGAUUAGUUUUGUUGACCUCAAGCUCGAGAGAUGUCAGUGACCCACUUUGUAUAAGUGAUUUGUUUCCACCCACCUUCAACGGCCCCUUCAUUGGGGGCUUUUGCCUGUAAGCUGACACCCAUUUUUUUUUCUCUAAAGGAUGUAUUUGGUGCACUUUUUGAAUGCUAGCUCAUUGUCGGCUAUCGUGCGAACCCCAGGAUUUGAGCCUUUAAAUGGUAAUCAAAGAAAUUCUGCAACCAGAAGACAUUUUUGUUGCAUAGCAAAGUCCAGUCAAUGAAUUGGGUUGCACUUCAGUGACAUUUGCUUGCCAUUUUAAAAUUGCCUUAAUGAGAAUUUCCCUUCUCUGCAAAGAAAACAGAUUCUUAGAAAUCCCAGUGAGCUCCCGGUUAAACGGCAGCUGUGGAUGUCCUGAGAAGAGACUCUCCAUGGCAGGUCUGCCGCUGCUGGCCAUGCAGGCGUGGCGGCGAUGAUUUAUAAAGAAAGGGUCCAGCAUUAGAUUGGCUGUGGGAGCCGACAGCCGAGUUAGAGACGGGUAAGCGUGAUGGGGAACCGGACUGGACCGCUGCGAGGAGGCUGAGGUGGGCCCCGGGGUUUGUCUGCCCACCCCGCCGCCAUCAUGCUGCAAACCGACUGAAAUGUCCAGGGGCCAAAUGGAAAAGAAACAUCGGAGAAAAUCUGACUUGGGCUUCUCAAAAAUCUGCCCUCUGGGCAAGACCAGAGUCUCCUUUGGGACAGGGACGGUAUUCUGCCCAGCUGUGGCAGGACAGAAAAUCUUGGAGCUGAGGUUUGUCGUUCACGUGUUCUGCUUCCUUCAAAUACACCCCCGCCAUUCCUGCCCUCUCUGCCUUGUGUCAGCAUUUCAGCAAAUCCAGCCCCCGAUUAUGGGAUGAGGCUUCUCUCCACCCCAGCGCAGGAAGGCAGGGGACGGGUCAUGAAAAGAAAUCAAUUUUAAAUGCAAAGUCUCUCACAACCACAAAACCCUCAGAAGGUAGCUUUUUUAUGAUAUUUGUUAAACGCUUACUAUGUGUCAAACACUGUUCUAAGCACUGGGGUAGAUACAAGUACAUCAGGUUGGACACAGCCCGUGUCCCACAUGAGGCUCAAAGUCUAAGCAGGAGGGAGACCAGAGCAGGAAUUCUGCACUAUUUCCUUUGGGAACUGCUGGAAGACGGCAACGGAUUGGACCAAACUGUUGCCCAAAUGGCCGUCGCCCGGUGGUAUCCAGGUGCUGCAGCCGCCGGCUACUCUUCAUCCCCUUCUCAUUCUGCAACGGCUCUCUCCCGUGUAAGACAGGCAGCAUCAAAAUCACUCGCCCUUUCCAGCGCUGUCCUUGGCCAACAUCCAGACCUCUGGCCAUCCUCCGGACAAAGCGUAUCCUCGUUUGGUUUGGACGGUGUUUUGACCCCCAGCGAUUUGCUUGCGAGGCGUUGCACACUUUACCGAUGAUGUUGGCAGCAACGUCCGUAUCUGCUAUUUCAAAUGUAAUUCUGACCGCUGGCCCCGAGCUGGAACGGGCCCCCGCCGGCCAGCGCUCCCGGUCCGGCUGGGUCCGGGGAGAGGGCGGACCUCUGGGCCUGGGUCUGGAUGAGGGCUGGUCCUUUGGGCAGUUAACUUUCUUGGACAAGUUUCCCGGUUUCACCAGAGAGCGGGUGAAGCAGAAAAGUGAGUUCAACUUGAUGCCUUUCAGAGCGAAACUUGAACCAUGUAGUGGCAGGGCAGCCGCAGGGUGGGCCAAGGGGCCGGACGCCGACACGGAAGGGGUUGCUCGGGAUGGAAGGAGCCGCUCUGGCCAGCGCCAGCAGCUUCCCGCCGGUCUGUGUGGGUGGUGAGAAUCGGCAAAGGGUUUGGUGGGGCUCAGAGAGUCACGUUCUGUCUCCUGAAGAAAUCCAAACGUGACCCUUGUGAGGGGCACCCGUGGGUCUACAGGCCGUGCUGGGGUCCGCCGGGCACUCGCCGGGAGGCUGAGGUGUCUGCCGUUUCAGUGAGACCCUUUCUCCCCACACUCCACCCCCCAAACCAAGACCCCAGGGCCCAGGUACGACAAAGCACCCCACCGGGACGACUCCAGCAGCUCCCCGGCUCCUUGGUCCGCACCCCCUACUGCAGGCGGAUUGGGUCGUUAAGGAUGGCGCCGCUCCGGGACCACGCGAGGGACGCUGCCCGUUGUUGCCGGUGACAUUGCGCAGAGCCUGGAGCUUGUAGCUUUGAUGUUCUGUUUGUAUUCCGUAAACAGUAUCAGUAUUUUUGUAUUGUUGACUUGCAGCCGGAAAAAGUAUUCUAUAAAGUCAUUUAUCGUA